AUGACAACAGAAAAUUUUAACCAAGAAAACACUAAUCCCAAUCUUCAAAUUGAAGAAAACUCCACAUACCCAUUAGUUAAUAAUAUUACAUACAAAGAGCGUGUAAAUAAUCAAACGAAACGUAGUUUCAGUUAUGUUAUUAUAAAAGAAGGUGUUUAUCCUGAAAAA